CUCCCCCCCCCACACCCCCGUUUCAUUUCAUCCUUGGAAGAGAGCGGAGGCAACCCGGCGUGGAGGAGGAUGACAAAGAUGAUGAUGUGGAAGAGAUGGAGAUGAAGCAGACUAUGCAGAUCCGGGGACUCCUGUUGCUGCUGCCGGCACUAUGGGCUCUCUUUCUGCGGGACGUCGCGGCUGUCACAGAGGAGGGAGGUUGCUUUCUUCCAGGUACAAAGGCUACUGGAAUGCCAAUCAAACUGAAGGUGUCCCAGGGACAGCCUGUGAAGCUGAACUGCAGCCUCGAGGGAAUGGAAGACCCAGAGAUGCUGUGGGUCAAGGAUGGAGCUGUGGUGCAGAGCGUAGACCAGGUGUACAUCCCGGUAGAUGAAGAACACUGGAUUGGGUUCCUCAGCUUGAAGUCUGUGGACCGGAAAGACUCUGGGAAGUACUGGUGCCAAGUGGAGACCAACGGAAAGAAAGAAGAAUCGCAGCAAGUGUGGCUCAUUGUGGAAGGUGUUCCUUACUUCACUGUUGAGCCAGAAGAUCUGUCUGUAAUCCCCAAUACUCCUUUCCAACUAUUUUGUGCUGCAGCUGGCCCACCUGAGCCGGUGACAAUUGUCUGGUGGAUGGGCGAUUCCAAAGUUGGUCGUUCCGACGUCUCCCCCUCCACCCUAAAUGUGCCAGGUAUUAAUCAAAGCACCGUUUUCUCCUGUGAAGCCCACAACAUAAAGGGACUGUCUUCAUCUCGGACGGCCACUGUGCAGAUUAAAGCUCUCCCCUUUCCACCUCUCAAUGUGACAGUAACUCAAAUCACCAGCAACAAUGCCAGUAUCACUUGGCUCCCAGGAUUUGAUGGCCGUUCUCCACUUCAUUAUUGUACAGUUCAGGUGGCUGAGCUACAGGAAGAUGAAGUUUCCACAGAAGUUGUCCCUGUCCCCUCCUUUUCCCAGGCUUUUCCCGGAUUAAAGCACUCUACCAAUUAUAGUGCUCGGGUCCAGUGCACUAAUGAACUGGGCAGCUCCCCUUUUACAGACUGGGUCUAUUUUCAGACCAUGGGAUUAGCACCAAACAGUACUCCACAAAACGUACACAUUAUCCAAAGAGAUUCUUGUCUGAUUUUGGAAUGGGAAACAAUGGCUCCAGAAAUGCAUAGGGACAAUGCCCUGGGAUACAGGUUGGAGUGGAGUCAAGAUAACAUCACCCAGGGGGAAAUGACCGUGCAGGAGACGAGAGCCAACCUCACUAUGUGGAAUCCCUUAAGAGAUCUUACCAUCAGGGUGUGUGUACUCAACUCUGUGGGCUGUGGGCCUUGGAGUGAACCCUUGCUGCUUACAGCUGAAGAUUUAAUAGGAGGACAGAGACAACCUCCCUAUGGCACAUCCUGGGUUCCUGUAGUAUUAGGCAUCCUUACUGCACUCGUCACAGCAGUUGCCUUGGCACUGAUCUUGCUACGGAAAAGAAGAAAAGAAACUCGCUUUGGUCAUGCCUUUGGCAGCAUGGUGGGAGGAGAUCCAGUCGUGCAUUUCAGAGCGGUGAGAUCUUUCAACAGAGAAGGCCCAGAGCUUAUUGAGGCAACAUUGGACAGUAUAGGUAUCAGUGAUGACUUGAAGACCAAACUGAAGGAUGUCCUGAUCCAGGAACAACAGUUUACUCUAGGAAGAAUGCUAGGCAAAGGGGAAUUUGGGUCUGUAAGAGAGGGUCAGUUGAAGCUGCCUGAUGGCUCUCUCCAGAAGGUUGCAGUGAAAAUGCUCAAAGCGGACAUCUUCACCUCAAAUGACAUUGAGGAAUUCCUGAGGGAAGCUGCCUGCAUGAAAGAGUUUGACCAUCCGCACGUUACUAAACUGAUUGGAGUCAGCUUGCGCAAUCGGCCUAAAGGCCGGCUUCCAAUCCCAAUGGUUAUCCUGCCGUUCAUGAAGCAUGGAGACCUUCACUCUUUUCUAUUGAUGUCCCGGAUUGGAGAAAACCCUUUUAACCUGCCUCUUCAGACACUCUUGAAGUUUAUGAUUGACAUUGCUAGUGGCAUGGAGUACCUGAGCUCCAAAAACUUCAUCCACAGAGACCUAGCUGCUCGGAACUGCAUGUUGGAUGAAUACAUGAACGUGUGUGUUGCUGAUUUUGGGCUUUCAAAGAAAAUCUAUAGUGGAGACUAUUACCGCCAGGGCUGUGCCUCCAAGCUGCCAGUGAAGUGGCUUGCACUGGAAAGCCUAGCGGACAAUCUCUACACAACACAUAGUGAUGUGUGGGCAUUUGGUGUGACAAUGUGGGAAAUUGUGACGCGGGGGCAAACUCCUUAUGCAGGCAUUGAGAAUGCAGAAAUUUACAACUACCUCAUCAGUGGAAACAGACUGAAACAGCCCCUGGAGUGCUUGGAAGAUGUCUACGAUCUCAUGUGCAGAUGCUGGCAUUCAGAACCUAAGCUACGCCCCAGCUUCGGAGCCCUGAAACUGCAACUAGAAAUGAUCUUGGCCAGACUGUCUUUGCUCUCAUCCAGUCAGGACCCCCUGUAUGUCAACAUUGGGAAGCCGCAAGAAGCUUUCAGGAAUGACCCCUCAACGGAUUGUCCCUUUGGAACAUUGGACGGUGACGCGAACAUUGCAGGAGCAGCCGCUGCCGCUGCUGUCACUAGUGACUAUCGUUACAUCAUGAGCCCCUUGUGCCUUGGGAGUGAUGCUGAAAGCGAAAGGCAUCCGGACGCAUCUGAGGGGGAAGCCAGGAGCCUUCUUUAUGAUUUGGAGAUGGGACCCAAACGAUGUUAGCCUGAAAGGAAGGGGGGGGGAAUGACACUUCACUCUCCUCCAAUAAGAUGUGUGCAUUUUUAUCAUCAUCUGGUACUGCUUUACAAAGACAGUUGUAGGCUGCUUUUAACCAGCAUAGGUAGCUGUAAAAUGAGCUACUUCUGCAGCUGUUUUGAGUUGCUGUGGCGAAUGCUCAAAAUGACCACAGAUCUUUAUCACCUAUUGGCCUUCUGAAACUAACUUCCGGCAGUGGUGAAAUGAAAUCCAGUGGGAGUGUCCUGGUCUGUACUUACAGCCAGCGAAUGCCUGUUUGUCAACCGAAUUGAUAACGGAAUAUUGGAGCUGAGCUGGGUGCUACUCAGCACACACUCUUUUUUGGUAAGAUUUUCCAGCUCUGAGCGAGGAAGUUUUGGACCAGCACAAGUGGUGGGGAAAUGAUCUGCUAUUGAUGGAUACUGUAUUUAAGGGCCUGAGGGCGGGAACAGUAGUUUAGCAGUACCACCUAGUCCUCUUGUCUACCUCAGUGGUUCUCAAACUGGCUGCUUCUGUACAAUGAAGAAAUAAUGCGCAAUUU